UGUGGCUGUGGGCUGUUGGGCUGUCAGCAGCAUCAGUCAGUCGAGCCCGUCCGGCCCUGCCGGAGCAGAGAGAAGUUCGUGUCCGUGUGUUUGUCGGCCACUCGCAGUCGGUGUUAUGUAUUCGGCCUCCCAUCGUGCAACUCGUUUAUAAACAAACCAAAGAUGGAGUACAACGUGUCGGACGCCGAAGUGCUAGAAGUGAUAGACCCUCUAGAUCAGAACAUCAUAGAGGCUGCUAGACCCUACAACUCCUCCCUCAUCAGACCCGACUGCACCGCAGACCUCAUCCCUUCAUUAGAUCAAUACUUCACAGCAUUCAACAUAUGGGGAGUGUUGCUGUUCUCUCUGGGUGGCUUGGCUGUGUGUAUCGUGCUGGUGGCGACCUACGACGUGCUCAAACAUGUGCUCAGUUUUAGUCCUCCACUCUCCAAAACCCACUCUGCUGUCAUCCUCAGUGUUUACCCUGUUGUAGCACUGGCGACUUACUGUGCAACAGUGGUGCCCCGAGCUCAGCUGCUGGCUGAGGCCAUAACUCAAGGCAUGUUCAUGGUUGCCAUGUACCAGCUGUUCUGCCUGAUGGUUGCGUACUGUGGCGGGGAAGCUGAACUCAUACGUAAGGUCAAGCCUAUGUCCCUCAGCCCUCGAGUGGGCCCUUGCUGCUGCUGGCCCUGUUGCUGUUGUCUACCUCUCUUGCACAUCGACAAGGACCGAGUGAGAUGGUUGCGGGUAUUGGUUUUACAACUACCUGUAGUACAAGGCCUUGUCUAUAUGGUUCUCCUGGUCAUGUGGGCAGAGGAACAGAGCCUCUACCAGGUGAACUACAUGUACUUGCAGCCCCUGGUGAUAAUAUCGAUCUUGUGUGGUGUCUGGGGUAUUAUAAUGACGAUGAAGAUGCUCACGGAGGUGCUCCAAGGUUAUCACGUCCAGGGCAAGUUCAUCGUGCUGCAGCUGGUGCUCAUUCUGGCCAAGUUGCAGGGCGUCUGGGCUCGACUGUUUGUUUGGUUCGGUUGGCUUCCCUGCAGACCUCCUAUAACACCCACUGUCUACGCUAACUUGGCUUACAACUCCCUGAUGCUAUGGGAGAUGGUUCUGCUCUGUCUGUGUGCCAGACAUCUCUACAAGCGUUCCCUGCCCGAGCAGCAGCCUCCCACCCAACACUCCAGCCUACCUCAGCAGAUCCACACCAUCAACCAGAAAAUUCUUCCGACACUCAACAACAAUUCUUCUAUCAAAUACUAGGAAGUUGACCAUUCAUUCCCGUUUAACAGAUAUUGAGUGUAGUUACAUUCCCUUACAAAAGUUUCCUUAAUUUCAAUGUAACAAUUAUUUUUGUUCUUUGUUAAAUUUGGUGCUGAUUCCAGUUUUACAAUAAAAAUGCAAAAAAUAAAAAGGUAAAUAUGCUUGUUGGAUAUUGAAGACUGGAAUCUAUCAAUAGAAAACUUAUUUAAACACUUUUUCAAAGUACAGUAUCUAAUUUUAUUCACAAACUUUUCUGCUGCUUCGAAAGUAGAAAUGUAAAUAUCACCCAGGGCAGAUUAAUGUGAUAAAAAAUCAACUUAUAUUAAAAAUCUACUAAAAAUAAUGUAUAUGUAUGGAAUUUCAAACUAUGCAUUCUCAAAGCAGAGAAUUCGAAAUGGCUCAAGAAACCAUGACCAAACUAAAGCACAGAAUAAGCUAGAGGAAUAAAAACCUAUUAAAUUCAACUAAAUUGUUUAUCAUUGUAGCUAUUACAUACAGAAUUGAGAAUUAUCUUAAGUGAAUCCAUACACGACUGCAAGUAAAUAACAAGUCAACCCAAGCCAAAAAUUUAAAAGUUUGCGCAGUAGCAUAAUUUAAAACAUUCAAGUAGUAUUAAACCCCCAAACCUAACACUGGCCUAUUUUCUGGUCACUAUUGUUGUGGUGUGUAGUCAUAAUAGUAGCCUCCACUAAUCUAGUAUCCUAAAGAGAUUUUAAAUUUCUUUACUGACCAAUGCAUGACUGGCUCAGGCUGAACAUCAUAAUAUAACAUGAAUGUCUCAUCAUCAGUGACAGUUUAAUAAAAUAUCUUACGACUAUCAGCAUUAACUUAUUGCAGUGUAUGUCAGCUUGAUUCUCAUUUGCUCUGUAUAUUAUAUUGCUAAAUUGCAAUAUAAUAUACAGAGAGUAGAGCAUCUGACAAAAAAUAAUUUUCCUCACUCCUGAAAAACUGCUAAAGCUGCUGCAGAGAACAUAGGAUCUGAUAUCUAUGGAUGUUGCAAAAGAUUUGAAGGUGAAGUCAAUGUCCUGAUGAAUCAUUGUACAGACACUAUCCAUGGUUUUACAAAUAAUACUACAUGUGACCUACCUGAACAUUCCUCGUCUAAAGCCAACUACAAUCUCUUAAAAAUUCUGAAUACAGCUGAAUUAUGUUAUAAAGGAUGCUGCUCAUAUGCCAAGGUCAAAACAAUCCAUGCAUUUAUAGGGAUGAAUUAACUUCUAAACCUUUCAAAUCCUAAACCAAAAAUACAAAGUACAUUAUCCUGUACAAAUUUUAUGGACAGCAAAGGAACAUUUCUGAACCCAUUAGUUACCUAUUUAUAUUAUAAUUAAAUAUCUUUUAGUUCUCUGUGUGACAGUUUUAAGUAAUCUGUAUGUUGUAUUAUCCAGAAUAUGGUAAUAAAAGAACUUUUGUCCUUUAAUCCUCACAGUAUUAACAAUAUUUAGUUGUAUUACAUAGGUUUAUAUCGUUGGUCCACCUGGUUUAGCAAAGCUCUAGUUUACUCUGUGUUUGGUGAACUCACUCACUACAGAACAUGACAAGACUUUUUUAACGUAAGGGCUUAGAUUAGAUAGUUUUAAUACAUUUUCAUCUCACAUCAAUAAGUCAUUUGUAAUAUACUUAGUUUUAUUAAGUUUUCACUUCAUAACGUAUUUUAUACACUGAUUAGAUUGUUAUUUUUACUUAUUUGCUGCAAUGUAUUAGCUAUUUUUCUCAAUCUGUGAUCUAGGCUUGCAUGCAAUAUUAUUUGUAUAGUUAAGAUUAUUACGUUUUACUAUAAAACAACUAUUGAAAAAAUAAAUGAAUUGUUAUAAACUU